UUUCUGCUGGACUGGAGAGUCCACACUGUGAACUGGAAACUCUCAGGUUGACUGACUGUAACCUCUCAGAGGGAAGCUGUGCAGCUCUGUCCUCAGUUCUCAGCUCCCAGUCCUCUAGUCUGAGAGAUCUGGACCUGAGUAACAACAACCUGCAGGAUUCAGGAGUGAAGCAGCUUUCUGCUGGACUGGAGAGUCCACACUGUGAACUGAAGACUCUCAGCCUGUCAGGAUGUCUGAUCACAGAGGAAGGCUGUGCUUCUCUGGCCUCAGCUCUGCGCUCCAACCCCUCCCAUCUGAGAGAGCUGGACCUGAGCUACAAUCAUCCAGGAGACUCAGGAGAGAAGCUUCUGUCUGCUGGACUGGAGGAUCCACACUGGAGACUGGACACUCUCAGCCUGCAGCCUGCUGGACAACGAUGGUUGAAACCAGGUCUGAAGAAGUAUUUCUGUGAACUGGAACUGGAUCCAAACACAAUGAACAGAAAACUCAAACUGUCUGAUAACAACAGGAAGGUGACACGUGUGUAUGAGGAUCAGUCAUAUCCUGAUCAUCCAGACAGAUUUGACUACUGGCCUCAGCUGCUGUGUAGAAAUGUUCUGACUGGUCGAUGUUACUGGGAGGUCGAGAGGAGAGGAAGCGUUUAUAUAUCAGUGAGUUACAGAAGAAUCAGAAGGAAAGGAGACAGUGAAGACUGUAGGUUUGGACACAAUGAUCAGUCCUGGAGUCUGAGCUGCUCUGCUGAUGGUCGUUACUCUGUCCGUCACAAUAAGAGACAAACAUCCAUCUCCUCCUCCUCCUCCUCCUCCUCCUCUAACAGAGUAGCAGUGUAUGUGGACUGUCCUGCUGGCACUCUGUCCUUCUACAGAGUCUCCUCUGACACACUGAUCCACCUCCACACCUUCAACACCACAUUCACUGAACCUCUGUAUGCUGGGUUUGGGUUUGGGUUUGGGUUCUGGUCUGGUUCUGGUUCCUCAGUGUCUCUGUGUGGUCUGUAGGAAGGAGAGUCUCCUCCUGUCAGAGAAACGUUCUCAUGUUAUUUAGCACCAACCUGAUCUCUCACUGGUUGUAAAUAGAGUUUCUAAAGCCAACAUGGUUUCCACAUGACUGACAGUUAGUUAGUCAGUCACAUAUAUCCACAUUUAAAAAGCUGUAAAACAGAAGCUGAUUUUCUCAGAGCAGAUAUCUCAGUCUGUUAGAGGACUGUUUGGAGGUUCGGAGGUCGUGGCUUUGAUCCUUAUGAGUCUCAGUCAAUGUUCAAGUCCAACACCCAAAGUGAAACUCAGAAGCUCUCAGAGAGAAAACCACCAGCGGCUCAAAGUUUACUGAAACGUCAAGUUGUGACCGAGCUUUUUAAACAUGUUGGAAGAGUUUAGCCACUAACUAUAACACACAUAAUGACAGUAAGUAUCUGCUGGCCUAGAGAGGAACUUUGGUCUUUCUCCUCUUAUUUGGUUGUUUGGCUUCUUGUUCAAUGACUUGAUUUUUUAAUCAUAUAGUGGAUUCAGAAACCAACAUGUUUUUAUGUGUGUCUCUACUGGAUGUGCAUGUACAGCUGUCAAUCAACAUGAUGAUUCAUCCAUUCAUCCAUUCAUAGCUUUGUCUCUAAAAUGUCAGGAAAUAGUGUAAAUAGUGUGAAAUGCUGGUUGUAAUUGGACAGAGUCGAAGGCAGCGUCUUUAAAUGUCUCAUUGUGUCUGAACUAAAGUCCAGAACAUCAAAUAUUCAGUUUAUUAUCAUGUCAGACAAAGAAAAGCUUGAAAAUGACUAAAAUGAUGAUGAAGUGUUGAUUUAGUGUUGAUGGAUAAUCAAUGAAUGGACUAAUAGUUGCAGCUCUGGCUGUAUGUGAACAGAAUAUUAGAGGACAAACAGCUGACAGUUUAGCGCCUUACUAAAUAUCCACAAUAAAAAGCUCAUUUACAGGAUAAUUCAUCUGUUUCUAAUCUUUUCAUGUUUCUCAUUUGCUGUUUUUGUGUUUUUACCAAGUAAAGUUGAUCAUUUGUAUGUUUGUGUUACUCAGGCAGAAAUAAAUGUAACUGCUGUAUCACCUGUUAUGUCCAAUAAAAAAAGG